UCUCAGCACAGAUGGAUCUGGCUAGAACUUAGGGAGGUCAAUGAGAUGAUGGCACUCUGUCGUGGUGCUCUUUAAAGGGCAUUUGGCUAUUUUUACUUCAUCAGAACAUUCAACAAUCAUGAACAUCAUAAAUACUCUCCUGUCUCUGCUGUUUGCCUUUUUGGCUGGGCUGAUCCUCAUUUUUGGCUUGAUUGUAAUGUUUUGCAUCCUGCUUUUCAGUACAAGGCUAACUCUUACGCUUGGUGAAACCAAGAUGGUCACCGUGUUUGAAAAAGCAGCAAUGGUGACUGAAUUUGUCAAACCCAGUCCAGUCACCAAACCAGAAACAAUCCACCUAGUAAUCGAAUUUGACAAGGCUGAGCUACUUGCCAAACUGGCCAAGGAGAUCGCUCCAAACUACAGUGUGAACAUGCAGAUCUCUGUGAAAAACAAGACUUGGACUGGCAUCUCUGUGAAAGUGGAUCCCAAUAACAACACUUGGCAUGCCAAGACCAAUAUCCAAAUCAAGUCUGAUGCUCAAGAAAACAUUGAGUUAGAAGAGGAAACCAUCAUUUUCAGCUGUAAACAACUGAAUAAUAGCUGUACUGUAACAACGUACAAUAUUGAAAAUGAGCCCACAACCCAGCACCUAGAGCUGAGUGAUAUUGUGCGCUUUAUCUUGAAGAUGUUUUACGGCACUCUCCAAACGCCAUCAACUCUAGUAUCCACUGAUGCCAAUGAGAUUAGCAAGAGUAAGGAGGCAGAAAUCUACCAGAGCAGUGAAGAGUAAGCCUGCCCUCUUCCCAUCUGGAAGUUUAACACCGUUUAUAAGGUUACAACAUUCAAGAACCCACUCCUGAUGAAUUGUUGUUUUUGAAGCAUAAGAGAGACAGUACUUGCUCAUCUGUUACUCAAUGAUAUGUGGAAAAAAAAUCAGGGCAUGCUGCACUCCUGACACUUGCUUAUUAUUUUCUUUAUAGUUCUUUAUGUUAUACAUAUAGCUACCAUGUCAUUAGCAUCCGCAAUGCCACGAUUCACUGCUCAAUUUUGCUGUGUGAGAUAAAUUGCAUG